AUGGACUGGGUUUAUUUGUCCUUUUUAUGCUCUCCAUCUCAGGGAUCACAUAUACCAUCUAUGGAAAUUACAAUGGAUAAUGAUUGCAUGGGCGUUAUUGAGAAUGUAAAUGCAGGUCUGGAAAGAUCUGAAUAUUCAUUGUUGAAUACAAUGAAAGAGAAGGGAAAGGGUAUUGCAGGCAAUGAGAGGAGUCAUGAAGAAUCGGUUUGGUCUGAAUGCCCUGAUCAUAUAAUUGAAAGGAUGUUUUCAACUCUACUGGUGGAGUUCAGUUCUCGAUUUCGCAUUGUUUGUAAAGAAUGGAAUGUGCUCUUAACCUCUAGCAGAUUUCUGUCUCUGUUGCCGGAGAGGGAUCCAUGGCUUCUCCUUUGCAAUGAAACACAUGUCGUGGCGUACUGUUUUCUCACACAAUCAUGGAAGACUAUUUCGCUUUGUUUCUUGCCAAGCCCAACAACUGAAACUCUCUCACAAGGCUAUUCACGAUUUUGUAGUAAGUCAGGUGGAGGCCUACUCCUAAUCGAAAUCAGACAGCCUCAGAAAAUGUAUAUGAUCUGUAAUCCACUUACAGGCGUCUACAGAGAUAUUCCCGCAGACAUAGCAGAGAAGAUAACUGUAAUGGAAAUAAUGGACAACGGAGAAUCCUACAAAAUUGUGGGUCUGCCAAGAGAAGAAAACCCCAGUUGCAUACAAAUCUACCAUUUCUUUGAAAUGUCAUGGCAGAUUGAAGAUGAAUUGUCUCUGCCCGUAAAGGACUUUCCUAUUGCCACUAUUCGUUGUGCCAAGGAUCUUCUCAUCUGUGCUUCAGGCGAGAUGGAAUUUGUGAUUUGGAACAUGGAAUCUAAACAACCGAAAUUAGUGUCUUUUCCAGAGGCGAAUCUAUCAUUUUGGGGGGAUGUGAUGAACUCAUGGAUCGAUGAAGUAGUUGUUUGUGGGUCGACGAUCCUGUUUGUGGUAAGAUAUAUGGAGUUCGGCCCAGACUCAAUCAUAGUGAACUUUCAGGCGAUUGUAUGGGAAUUGUUUUGGGAGGAGGAGAAGUCGAUAUGGAGCUGGAAGGAACUGACAAGAAUGCCUUCUAAUAUGUGUCGUCGAUUUAUAAAUCUUAGUUAUGCAGGUGCAUUGGAGGUCCACGGUGUGGAGGACCAGUUUGUUGGGGUCGGGAAUUUUCUCUGUUUCGCAACUGGGCAGAGUAAUACAGAGCUAUUCGUCUAUAGUUUACCUGAGAGAAGCUGGAGUCGGAUCAGGUUUCCUCCGUCUCUCAGAUUUUUUCAGUAUCACGCAGCUUUUAGCUUUCAACCUAAGCCAGGCAUGAAGAUAUAA